GGUGUUGGGCUAGUUGCAUUUCAUUUCAGGCAAAAGUAUAUUUUUCGCUCAAGCACCAUGAACACCCUCCUCUCCAGGGAAUCCCAAGUGAAGAUCAUGGAAACCACAGUAGGCCAUGCUGAGAAAUAUCUGGGCCAGUUCUGCACAUUGAUGGCUUCCUACACUCGGAAAACAGCCAAACUCAGAGACAAGGCAGAUCUGUUGGUUAAACAGCUUAGCGAUUUUGCCAAUACUGAGAAUCCUGAGCUGAGAACAUGUCUGAAGAGCCUAGCUGAUGAUUUAGCCAUGGUGCAGGACUACAGACAGGCAGAGGUGGAGAGACUGGAAAACAGGGUUGUCAUGCCACUGAAAGCUUAUGGAGACAUUAUCAAACAAAAACGGGCAGACAUGAAGAAGUUCAACAGUAUUCGGAACCAUGAGAUGAAAGAACUGGAAAAACUGGAGAAGAUUAGGCUGAAAAACCCCUCAGACAGACAUGGGAUUUCCCAGGCUGAAGCCAGUGCCCAGAAAGCCUCAGCUGAAGCUUCCCACACCACGCGCCAGCUUGAAGAAACCAUGAAUGACUUCCAGAAACAAAAAAUGGAAGACAUCAAGAAAAUUUUCUCAGACUUUCUAACCAUUGAGAUGCUUUUCCAUGCAAAAGCCCUGGAAAUUUACUCCAGCACUUUUCAAAACCUGGAAAACUUCGAUAUGGAGAAAGAUUUGGAGACGUACAGAUCAAGGGUCCAUAUUUAUGACGGUACCAUUGAUUCCAUGGCUUUACCAACCAGUAGAUCCACUUCUUCUAUGCAACGCGGUCCAAGCCCAACCCGGAGGAACCCUCAGAGUACAUUGCGUAGACAGCAGGAAAUUGAGGAUGAGUAUGAAUCGGAAGAGGAAGAUGAUUUAGAGGACCUGGAUGAAGAAUACGCACGGAUCAGAAGAUAACAAUUGUUGUGAGAAAAGAACAAUUGCAUUUAAAUUAGUUUUAUAUAUAGUUUAUAGUAUUAUUUGUAAUAUUAAUAAACACAAAAUAAUGUGUAUGAUGCUUUGUUUAAUCUGUAUUUGCAAUUAUUAUUUUGGUUGUGUACAUACAGUAGAUCUUUUUUUAAUUUUUUUUACAUUGAGACAGAUACAUUUCUACUCAGCUACCCAAUUAAUUGUAUGCUGCUUAAUGGUGCAACCUUGGUCCUAUAGAGGGUGCCAUUGUAAUUAAAAUAUGUAGUGUGAAGGUUUCAUCAAAGCAUCAGGAACAUUGUUUUGUGUCUGUGUGUGUUUUACCAGUGCAGAAAGUCAAUAAAACAGUUUUAUUUUUUAUGAAGAUGAAUGUGUUGUGUAUAUGUUUAAGCAAGAUUACUGUAUAUAGGAAGACCUACCAUUAAUAUUUAACUUGUAAAAAACAUGUUCAGGGUGGAAACUUGGGUUCCUACAGCUGGAUCCCACGUUUGAUCCUGGAUCGGCUUAAUUUUUAGUAAAUCGCUGUUCAUGCUAGACAAGAACGCACAAAUUGAUGUGACUGGCAUUCACAUACUUUACUUUAAGAGAUGAAUGCUGAGCCAUGAAGCUGUAGCAAUUUCAUAGUUCAAUACUCCCCCAAAUUGUGUGAAUUGUUUUAAAUAUAAUGUAUUUUGGAUGAAUGCUGUCAGGAUGAGAAUGCUGGUUGUAGUUCAGUGCUCCCAUGAUAUUUGACCGUUUGUCACUACUGUAGUUUGGUGCGUAGGCCAUGUUGAUACUAAAUUGUUAAAGUCCUACUGCACUAAAUCACAAUACAAGCAUCUUCUUUUGUCUUGGGAAACUGUGCCACUCUGUCUAAAAACACGACACAGUUUAAUUUAAUGGCAUUGUGAAGUGUAACAUAGUGGUUCACGUGGUAUGCAAGCCAUGUUGAAAAUAUCAAUAUCUAAAUAUUACUGUUAUCUGUAAAAUGCGCUCAGUAUAACAAAACUAAUCAAAUGAUCAAUUCUUGUUGGUCCACCAUUAAGAUAUCUGGAUCUAUUUAAAAUUCAAACUAUUUCAACUACAAUACAAAAUAUGGAAAGUUGUUCUCCCUGGGACCUAAUCAUUGCAUGUGCUGUAAUUCAAACUAAUCCUUUAAUAAAUAAAAAGUAAUUAAAAACAAUCAUAUUGCAUAGACAUAAAUAUGUAUUAACACGUAUCUAAACUUCAAUAAAUAUGU